CACCAACAUGGCUCUCUUGAUGAUCAUCGCUGCCCUUGUCCUCAGCGCCUCUGCUGACACUGGUCCUAGAUACAGUCCUCCUGUUCCCUCCUAUAAUCCUCCUGUCCCGUCCUACAACGCCCCUGCACCCGCUCCCGUGGGUCCAGCACGGUACGACUUUAAUUAUGCCGUGAAAGACGAUUACUCCGGCAACGACUUCGGCCACCAGGAAGCCCGUGACGGAUACGACACUCAGGGUACCUACUAUGUCCAGCUUCCCGACGGCCGCCUGCAGACAGUCAACUAUAACGUGAACGGCGACUCUGGCUUCCUAGCUGAUGUGGCUUAUCAGGGAGAGGCUCAGUACCCCGCCCAGCAGCCUUCAAGAUCCUACCAACCUGCCCCUUCUCCAUCCUACCAGCCUGCCCCUACUCCUGCUUAUGGUUAGAAAUAAAUGAUAAGGACGUAUUUUACUUUGUUGUGAAACUUUAUCUCUAUAUCUAUAACUUUAUGUAUAACCUCAGAUAUAUGCAAAGUAAUAAAAAAUGAUUAUGUUUC